GGCCUUUACUCUCGUAGUUUGGCUGCGGUGAAGUCAUAUUUGACAACAAGUUGAGAACUUCGCCUUAUUGAACCAUGACUUUAUCCAAUUUGCAAAAUAAACUUUCUCAGCACGGGCAGCAACAUUUACUGAAGUUUUGGGAUAAAUUAUCAGAUGACGAGAAGGUUACAUUCGAGAAGGAAUUGCAGAGUAUUGACUAUGGAUACGUUAGCAAUAUUCAUAAGAAUGCUGUACAUCAGCUAAAGCAAGAUCAAGAGAAAAAGGAUGAACUCAUGCAAGCUCUUCCUGAUAAUGUCUUUGCUCGUCUUUCAGAAACAAAGGAGGAAAAGCUUCAAGCCUGGUAUAACGAGGGACUGAAGCAAGUUUCAGAUGGGAGGGUUGCCGUUUUGUUGCUUGCCGGUGGACAAGGCACACGAUUAGGCGUUAGCUAUCCGAAAGGAAUGUACGAUGUUGGAUUGCCAUCGCAAAAAACUUUAUAUCAACUGCAAGCAGAAAGGAUUCUCAAAUUGCAAGAGCUGGCUGCAAAGCGCCAUGGCCGACAUGGCUUUAUUACUUGGUACAUAAUGACAAGUGAGGCUACAAAAGGAUGCACUCAAGAAUACUUUAGUAAGCACAGUUAUUUUGGGCUUUCUAAAGAGAAUGUUAUUUUCUUUGAACAACACACACUCCCUUGUAUGACCUUAGAGGGCAAGAUUAUUUUAGAUAACUAUGGAAAGAUAGCCAAGGCUCCAGAUGGCAAUGGUGGGCUUUAUAAAGCACUUAAGAGUGAACAGAUAAUAAGAGAUAUGGAGAAAAGACAUGUCCAUUCUAUUCAUGUUUACUGUGUAGACAACAUAUUAGUGAAAAUGGCAGAUCCAGUCUUCAUUGGGUUUUGUUCAAGCAAAGGUGCAAAGUGUGGAGCAAAGGUUGUGGAAAAGACAGACCCCAAUGAGGCUGUAGGUGUGGUUUGCAAAUGUGAUGGCAAAUACCAGGUUGUGGAGUACAGUGAAAUUUCGACAUCUACAGCUGAAAAGCGAACUAAAGACGGCCAUCUGGUUUUUAAUGCUGGGAACAUCUGCAACCAUUACUUUACACUUGACUUUUUGAAAAUUGUUGUAAAUGAUUAUAGUGAAAGUUUGCCACAUCAUGUAGCCAAGAAGAAGAUAGCAUAUGUGAAUGACAAUGGAGAAAGAAUCAAGCCAGACACGCCAAGUGGAAUAAAAAUGGAGAAAUUUGUAUUUGAUGUUUUCCAGUAUACUGAGGAAUUUGCUGUCUUAGAAGUUGAAAGGGAAGACGAGUUCUCUCCGCUAAAGAACGCGCCAGGAGCAGGAUCUUCUUGCCCUGAAACAGCUCGACAAGAUUUAAUCAACAGCCACUUCCGUUGGAUAGCCAAUGCUGGUGGGGAAUUUUUCAGUCCUGAUGGCUCUGUUUACAAGGCUGAGCAGAGGGAUUCGCCAGUUGUUUGUGAAGUUUCGCCUUUAUUGUCAUACGAUGGAGAGGGACUAGAAGAGCUGGUGAAUGACAAGAAAUUUCCAGUGAAUGAAGUUUUAUAUCUGCAUACAUCUGAUGUAAAUGCCAAUGGAACAGCUUUCGAGCCACAGUCAAAGAAGCAGAAAGAGGAUUAAAUGACGAUUUUUUCAGAAAUGAAAUGAAGCCUUCGAACGUAAUGUUAAUUAAUAUUCUAGGAUAAUCGAAUAAUGGUAAAUGCUUUCUACGUAUGUAAGUCAAAUUCAGAAUUAAUCAAAGCCGUAGACAACAUCGCUAUUGGGGGAAGUGGCCGUGGCAAUUCUAUAGGGAAAAAAUCAGUUGAAAAGCGAUCCAAAUCAAUUGAAUUUAGAGCUCUAGUCAGUAGCAGAUUCAAGGGGGUAGAAGGGUGGUUGCCCUUGCUUUGAUGAUCAAUGUUGUUGCCCUCUUGUUACAACUUACCCCGUUCGACCUUUGAGGUACUUAUAGGCGUUCAUAUUACCGACCCAACCCUCUCACCCUCAUCGUAAUAAUCACUUAAAAUGGCAACCUUGUAAUAUCAAGUCCAUCAGGGUUGAAUGAUUGUCCCUUUAUAUUUUCUAGAUACUCGCAAUUUUACCAAGGUCUCCAUGAUACUAUCAUCACAUAUUACUUUUAACAUAGGGCAGUUAUAGGUCACCUCUUAGAUGGAAGCCGGAAGGUCAUUUUUAUAUCUAUUGUAAGCCUUAGCUUAAAACUAUUUGUCUACUAUUCUAUUUGAAUAAUCUUUUAAAGAAGCUGAUCCUUGGCUUUUAUGCAAAUUUCAUAUAUAAUGGAGAAUUAUUUUAAACCCACUUAGAAGGGUUAGGAAUUGCACGUUUGUUAUAUUUCA